CCGGCCGACGCGCGUCCCCACCGCCACCUGGGCCGCCGGCAGGCAGGCGGCUCAGGAGCCUCACCUUGAUCCAGACCUCCUUCGGCUGUGGUCACCCUGGGACUGCAGCUGGGGACAAGAGGGACACAGAUGUGACUAGACAGGGACCCUAGCUGUACCCUUGCCAGAGCUUAGCAGUCAUCAUCCAAAGAUCUGGGUGUGAGUCCCCAGGCCAGUCCCUUCCCCUCCUGGAGCUCAGUUUCCCUGUAGGUAAAAUGGGUGUGGCCGGCCUCCCUGCAGCCUUGUUGCUAGGACAGCUGAGAAGGAUGCUGACAGUGUCCUCUGUCUCCCUGCAGACGGAGGCCCAGGAGCCAUGGGCGACUGGGGCUUCCUUGAGAAGCUGCUGGACCAGGUCCAGGAGCACUCGACCGUGGUGGGCAAGAUCUGGCUGACGGUCCUUUUCAUCUUCCGCAUCCUCAUCCUGGGCCUGGCUGGCGAGUCAGUGUGGGGCGACGAGCAGUCGGAUUUCGAGUGUAACACGGCCCAGCCGGGCUGCACCAACGUCUGCUACGACCAGGCCUUCCCCAUCUCCCACAUCCGCUACUGGGUGCUGCAGUUCCUCUUCGUCAGCACGCCCACCCUGGUCUACCUGGGCCAUGUCAUUUACCUGUCCCGGCGCGAGGAGCGGCUGCGGCAGAAAGAGGGGGAGCUGCGGGCACUGCCGGCCAAGGACCCACGCGUGGAGCGGGCACUGGCAGCCAUAGAGCGACAGAUGGCCAAGAUCUCGGUGGCGGAGGACGGCCACCUGCGGAUCCGCGGGGCGCUGAUGGGCACCUAUGUGGCCAGCGUGCUCUGCAAGAGUGUGCUAGAGGCAGGCUUCCUGUACGGCCAGUGGCGUCUCUAUGGCUGGACCAUGGAGCCUGUGUUCGUGUGCCAGCGCUCACCCUGCCCCUACCUCGUAGACUGCUUUGUCUCACGCCCCACGGAGAAGACUAUCUUCAUCAUCUUCAUGCUGGUGGUUGGACUCAUCUCCCUGGUGCUCAACCUGCUGGAGCUGGCGUACCUGCUGUGCCGCUGCCUCAACCGGGGGAUGAGGGCCCGGCAGAGCCAGGACAUGCCCCCAGCCCAGGGCACCUCCUCGGAGCCUUAUGCUGACCAGGUCUUCUUCUACCUCCCCGUGGGUGAGGGGCCCUCAUCCCCGCCGUGCCCCACCUACAACGGGCUCUCGUCCAGUGAGCAGAACUGGGCCAACCUGACUACGGAGGAGAGGCUGGCUUCUUCCAGAACCCCCCUCUUCCUGGACCCGCCCCCCCAGAGUGGCCGGAAAUCCCCCAGUCGCCCCAGCAGCUCUGCUUCCAAGAAACAGUAUGUAUAAGAGCCCGGGAAGUCUUGCCGCCUUUAGCGCAAGACUCUGCAGAGAUGACUGGGGCUGGGGAAGCAGGUGCUUGCUGGCCAGAAGGCCUCACUGCAUGUUGUUCUUGAACACCUGGGGCCUUCCUGGUGUCCAGAGGGCACCAUAGUUUCCCCUCUAGAAUGUGGCUUUGUCCCGGGCACAGACAGAGGCAGCUUGGGGUGCUCUUGGCCAAGGGUGUUUGGGCCCUGUGGUCUUUUUCACCGUGUUCAAAGGGACUCGGAGACAACUUACUCCACCCCCAGCCCCGUGGAAGAUUCACGUCUGCCCAGGUUGUCCACACACCCUGUCCUCACAGAAAAAGUCUGGUCGAGGCUGCUGGGUCAGCCUUGAUCCCACACACAGACAGAGCCUGUGCUGGGUCUGGCCCUGUCAAGGGGACGGGGGUCUUGUUCUCAUCACUCCUUCCUAGUUCUGCUGUUUAUCUUUCUAAAAUAAACAGGACUUGACCACAAGCGAGGUGUGUAUUGAUACUGUCAUGAUGUGCCUGGGGUCGGGGGACAGCUGCUUUACCCAGGCUUCCUUUUUGGUCCUGCAUCAUCUGUCUUUGGCCUUAGCAAUCCCAACACCGGGCAGCACCUUAAACCCUCAAACGCCUACAUACUGCCUCUCAGCAGCACUGCCUUUUGAAAUGCCCCAGCACCAGCCCCCUCAACCUGCCGCUUAAUCAGUGGCCAAAGCAGAGUCUGUCCCCGUCCUGCCCCAUGGCCAUCCAGUGCCCCGGCCACACUCCCAACUGCAGUGUGCUUCCUUACUGGACACUGCUCCCCACCCUGCCUGCAUGCCAGCCAAGCCCUUCAGAGUCCAGCUCAAAUGGGCCUGCACCCCUUGGUAUUUGGGGAGGCAGGUUUAGAUCACCUGCCCCCCUCCUACCUUGGCCCUGUCUAGUCUGCCCACCAGAAGGAGCAACUCAAGGACCUGCAUCGUAAAUCCUCCCCAUGCACCUAAAACUCACACAGUGAGAACAGACAAUGGCAGUGUAGAGAGGUGGAAGGGACGGCCAGGGUCCAGUGGAGGAAUCGAAUCUUGCCUCUGAGCCACAAAGGUUGCAGGAAAAAAGAAAAUAAGCAAUUGAACUAGAUCUUGACCGAUAAAUAGGAGUCUGCUGGGGAGGGAAAAGGACACCUUAU